CUGUUGUUGUUUGGCUAAAACUCCAGACCAUGUUGACCAGUCUUCUGCUUCUCAGUGCUGCCUUUGCUCUGGGAGAUGCAAAUUUAGUUCUAGAAGAAGACUUGUGUCCUUAUGGUUGGACCAAAUAUGGAUCAAGCUGCUUAAUGUUUGUCAAGACUACAAGGAGCUGGCCUGAAGCAGAGAGGCACUGUGUGUCCCUUGGUGAUCAACUGGUGUCUGUACCCAACGUUGUGAAGUACCUUGGCGCAAACCUGGCAUCUGUGCACAGCUCCGAGGAGGAUCGGUUUCUACAGGCGUUGGUCUUGGAGAAGACUGUUUGUUUCCCUCCUACCUGGAUUGGUGGAUUUUAUUCUGUUAAGGACAGGCAGUGGUUCUGGAGCGAUCGCUCCGACUUUGAUCACCAGAACUGGGCUAAAGGAAGGCCCGCUGCUGGUGCCAGAGAGACUUGUAUUCAUAUCAACUUUGGAGCUCAAAAGCGUUGGAACAAUGAAAUAUGUGGAAGGAGCUUGCCCUCGGUGUGCUCCCUGAGACUCCUGCCUCUUCGCCAGACUAUACAUUAAAAGCAGCAAUGCUA